CACUUCGCGGGUUUUCUGGGCAACGAGUGAUUCACCGUCAUCUUGUCAUUAUGGACGACGCGGAAGAACUCAUCGGGGGCUACGAUCCUCUCGUGGAGGAGUUCGAGAGUUACGAGGAUUAUUUAGACAGCCAGAUCAGCGAGGUGGACUUGUACUACCUGGACGAUGUUGAGCUUGCCCGGCAACUUGUCGAGCUCGGGCAUCGUGGGAACGGCGAAAUCGUGAAACGCGCGGAGUUCAUCGCGCGGAAGGAGGCAAGCGAGAUAGCGAAGCAACAGAGGGCCAACAAAAAGCCGAAAAAAUUGGCAUCUGCGGGGAAAGACUUGGAGACAUUUCCUCUCUUGAAGGCUCUGGCUCAGCGCGAGGAAGCAGUGAGAAAUGGCAAGUUGACGACGAUCAUAUUCAUCAGAGAUUUGAAUGCGAAGAAGCAAGAGGUAUCCGGUUAUAUCGACUAUGCGCACAGGCUCAAGACAGAGAAUUGGGAACCCGUUUUUGACCGAACACAGCGUCUGUUACCAAAGGCGACGGAUCUCUCUUUUUUCAACUGGGAGACGCAGAAAGCAACGUGCAAUGCAACGCCGAAUUUUCAGGUUAUCGGUGAUAACGAGGCUGGCUUGAUGUUCAAAAACAAACGUGACCGAAAGGUGAUUGACGUUGACCCGCACAAGCGUCCAGGUGACAACACAACUCGAACCGACAUCACGACUGACGAGUACCUGCAAGUAUGCAUCUGGGAUCACGUGAGUCGUAGAAGGACAUGAUGAGAAUGAUGAACUCCUUUAGAAUUCACUAGUAGCAUAGCAAACAUUCUUCUUAGCUGAGUUAGGAUGAGAAUGAUGAACUCCUUUAGAAUUCA